UUAUUUUCACAAAAAAGAAGUUCUUAAAGCAGUGACAUAUACAUAUAAAUGUCGGCUUUGUCUAGAAUAUUAAUACGAGAGGCCGGGGCCUCUUCAGUGGUCCGUUUGAGCAGGACUGUGGCUGCCCAAAGACGUGCUUUGGGUGGCGUUUCUCGUUCUCGGAUGAUCACUGGGAAUAGAGGUCAACGAUUCGUUUCGUCUUCAACUCAUAAUCUUCUUCAAAGUCAAGAACAGAUUGCAAAUUCCGACUUGAAGAACACUGGUGCCCAAGCCUCCUUCUACAAGUCUCUUUUGGCCAACAACUACCCUCACAUUGUCGUUCAACGGUAUGAAACCCCAGGGAUUGCUGCGAGUGCGGACUGCACAUUGUUGUACGUGGAUGCCUUGAACAAGUUGGGUAAAAAGGGCAAGGCAGAACAAGUCUUGAGAUCUUUGUCUGCUGGUGGUGCUGGAAAUGGCGCAGGUGCCAAUGGUGGUGGCUUGGCCAAUGGAGGAGGUGCUCUUGGAGGUGCUCUAGGUGGCCUUGGAAUCCAUUCUGGAAGUGGUGUUGGAUCUCGUUAUGAACCAGUGCAUGUCAUUGUUUCUGAAUCUAUCCUUACAAUUCUUUCCAAAUGGCUUAAAUGGCUUAUUCCCGUGGCCCUCUUAACAUAUGGUGCCACCAAUGCAUUCAAUUAUCUUGUAGAAAACGGAACCAUUUUCAAGAAUUCCGAAGUUAAUGAUAAAUCCGUGGACGUUUCACAAUCUACCGUUCGUUUCAAGGACGUUUGUGGCUGUGACGAGGCAAGAGCUGAAUUGGAAGAAAUCGUAGAAUUUUUGAAAGAUCCUUCAAAAUUCACUGGUUUGGGUGGGAAAUUGCCCAAGGGUGUCUUGUUGACCGGUCCUCCAGGUACUGGUAAAACUUUGUUAGCAAGAGCCACUGCUGGUGAAGCUGGUGUCCCAUUUUUCUUUAUGUCCGGUUCAGAGUUUGAUGAAUUGUACGUUGGUGUAGGUGCCAAGAGAAUUAGAGAACUUUUCACCCAAGCUCGUGAGAAGUCCCCUGCUAUCAUUUUCAUCGAUGAAUUGGAUGCCAUUGGAGGUAAGCGUAAUCCAAAGGAUCAAGCUUAUGCCAAACAAACUCUUAACCAAUUAUUGGUGGAAUUGGAUGGUUUCCUGCAAACUGAAGGUAUUAUCAUUAUUGGUGCCACCAACUUCCCAGAAUCUCUUGAUAAGGCUCUUACCAGACCUGGUAGAUUUGACAAGGAAGUCAAUGUUGAUCUUCCGGACGUGAGAGGUAGAGUUGAUAUUUUGAAGCAUCAUAUGGAAAAUGUCGAAACUGCUGAAGAUGUAGACCCACUGAUCAUUGCCAGAGGUACCCCAGGUUUAUCCGGUGCAGAACUCAUGAAUUUAGUCAACCAAGCCGCCGUCCAUGCAUCCCAAUUAAGCGCUCCUCUGGUGUCCAUGAACCAUUUUGAAUGGGCCAAGGACAAGAUUUUGAUGGGGGCUGCCAAGAAUAACAUGGUUAUUACCGAAGAAGCCCGGAAAAACACCGCCUAUCAUGAAGCUGGCCAUGCUAUUAUGGCCAUGUACUCUGAAGGAGCUACACCUCUUUACAAGGCAACCAUCUUACCUCGUGGUAGAGCACUCGGUAUCACUUUCCAACUUCCAGAAAUGGACAAGGUUGACAUGACCAAGAAGGAAUGUUUUGCCCGUUUGGAUGUUUGCAUGGGUGGUAAAGUCGCCGAAGAAAUUAUCCAUGGACCAGAUAAUGUAACCAGUGGUUGUUCCUCAGACUUGCUGAAUGCAACUAGUGUAGCAAGAGCCAUGGUUACCUCGUAUGGUAUGAAUGAUAAAAUUGGACCAAUGAAAUUGAGUGAUGAAUGGGAAUCUUGGUCGUCUAAAAUUAGAGAUUUGGCCGAUAGAGAAGUUCAAAACUAUUUGAUUGACUCUGAAGCUAGAACAAGAAAGGUUUUAAAUGCAAGAAGCGUCGAAUUGAGAAGACUCGCAGAAGGGUUAUUGGAAUAUGAAACCUUGACAAAGGAUGAAAUGGAAAAGGUUGUCAAGGGCGAGCCUAUCAACAAGGCCAAACAAAUCACCAAUACGGUAAUCAAGAGCCCUGUUGGAACUGCUAGAAAGGAGGUGAGAAAGGCCGAUCCAACAAGUGUUCCCGUGGAAGCUUAGUGUUAGAAAAGGCGUUGAAUAGUUGUAGC